GGGGUUAGCGGCGCCAUCCCUUAGAAAACUAGCUCGCUAAAAAACGCUAACUAGAAAGAAUUAUUUGGACCAUUUAAACUCUGCCCUGGUAGUCAGAAGGUCUUCAUUUAGAAGAACUAUGACGCCUCAUGAUGAAAGCCGAAUUCCUUCAGAAGUUACGAGGUCGAUGCCCCUUUUGACAACCAGAGCGACCAUUUAUUUAGGUACAUGGAAUGUUCGCACAAUGUGAGACACCGGGAGAGCCUUCCAAAUUGCUGCGGAAAUGAGGAGAUACAACCUGGAGGUGCUUGGGAUCAGUGAAACACAUUGGACGCAAGUUGGACAACAACGACUAGCUUCAGGGGAGCUUCUGUUAUACUCCGGCCAUGAAGAAGAAAAUGCACAACAUACACAAGGAGUUGGAUUGAUGCGGUCCAAACAAGCACAAAAUGCACUUAUAGGAUGGGAAUCUCAUGAACCAAGGAUCAUCAAAGCCUCCUUCAAAACAAAGAAAGAGGGCGUUUCAAUGAACGUCAUCCAAUGCUAUGCGUCUACCAACGACUACAAUGAAGAAGCUAAAGAUCAAUUCUACAAUAGGCUUCAGUCAAUCGUCGAGAAGUGCCCAACAAAGGACCUGACCAUACUGAUGGGAGAUUUCAAUGCCAAAGUUGGAACGGACAACACUGGAUAUGAAGACAUCAUGGGAGGACACGGACUGGGAGAAAGGAACGAAAAUGGUGAGAGAUUUGCAAACCUAUGUGCCUUCAAUAAACUGGUCAUAGGCGGCACUAUAUGCCCACAUAAACGCAUUCAUAAAAUCACAUGGACUUCACCAGAUCACACUACGCAAAGCCAAAUCGACAAUAUCUGCAUCAACAAAACGUUCAGGAGGACGAUGGAGGACGUGAGAACCAAGAGAGGAGCUGAUAUAGCAUCAGACCAUCAUUUGCUGGUCGCCAAGAUGAAAUUGAAACCCAAGAAGCAAUGGACAACAGGGCGGACAACACGACAAAAGUUAAAUACGGCUUUUCUUCAGGAUACUGACAAGCUCAACAAAUUCAAGAAAGUCCUCAGCACUAGAUUCCAGGCAGUUCAUGAUCUACUCAAUGGAGAGCAGCUGGAAAGGGAUAAAAGAGGCGAUCACUUCAACAUGUUAUGAGGUUCUGGGUCGCAAGAAGCACCAUCACAAGGAAUGGAUCACUGUUGAUACACUGGAUAAGAUUCGAGGAGUAACAAGAAGGCAGCAAUCAAUACCAGCCGAACAAGAGCAGAAAAAGCCAAGGCACAAGCUGAAUACACAGAAGUAAACAAGCAGGUGAAGAGGAGCAUCAGAACCGACAAACGUAAAUACGUGGAAGAUUUAGCAAUGACGGCGGAAAAGGCUGCAAGAGAACGAAACAUAAGACAAUUGUAUGACACGACAAAGAAACUCUCUGGAAAUCGCCGCAAACCAGAACGACCAGUGAAAAGCAAGGAAGGCAAGGUAAUCACCAACAUUGAAAAACAACAAAAGAGGUGGGUAGAACACUUCAAAGAACUCUUAAAUCGACCCGCCACACUGAACCCACCCAAUAUCGAAGAAGCACCCACGGAC